UUGGAGUAUACGAAUAGUUCAUAGUGCCACUGUCGCGCCAAUUUUGCAGAGUUCGGAUUCAGAUCGUCGAGCUGGUGAAGAUGGCGUUCGGAUUAAAUUCUGAUGAUGUGACUGCCUUUAAGCUAUUGCUUUGUUUAGCUGUUAUGUAUGGCCUCAUGUCGAUGCUGGCUCACUCCAUUGUUCACAUGAAGUUUGUUAAGCCGCUUGCAAUUGAUGCGCCUCUUGAUCGAUUCUCUGAAGCCAGAGCGGUCGAGCAUGUAAGAUUUUUGUCUCAAGAGAUCGACGGUCGCCAGGAGGGACGUCCUGGUCUUAGAGAAGCUGCUCGGUAUAUAAACGGGCAGUUGGAGAUGAUGAAGGAGCGUGCUAGUGAUGACUUUCGAAUCGAGAUCGAGGAGACAGUUGUUGAUGGUUCCUUUAGUAUGAUGUUUCUGGGCCACAGCAUAUCACUGGGAUAUCGAAACCACACUAAUAUCUUAAUGAGAAUUUCAUCAGUAGAUUCUCGAGACACCGACCCGUCAGUUCUAAUAAAUGGUCAUUUUGAUAGUCCGCUUGGAUCGCCGGGUGCUGGUGAUUGUGGCACAUGUGUGGCAUCUAUGCUAGAAGUGGCUAGGCUUAUUGUAGACUCUGGAUGGGUUCCUCCUCGUCCUGUUAUUUUUCUUUUCAACGGUGCAGAAGAGCUAUUUUUGUUGGGCUCACAUGGAUUUAUGGAGAAACAUAGAUGGCAUGAUACAAUUGGAGCUUUUGUAAACGUCGAAGCAUCUGGUACUGGAGGUUUAGAUUUAGUUUGUCAAUCUGGACCCGGCUCCUGGCCUUCGCGUGUUUAUGCUCAGUCUGCUGUGUACCCCAUGGCUCAUAGUGCUGCUCAGGAUGUGUUUCCAGUUAUUCCCGGAGAUACAGAUUAUAGGAUAUUUUCUCAGGAUAACGGCAACAUACCUGGCCUUGAUAUUAUCUUUCUUUUUGGUGGUUACUUUUACCAUACCUCAUAUGAUACAGUGGAGAGACUAUUACCUGGGAGCAUCCAAGCACGAGGAGAAAAUUUGUUCAGCAUAAUAAAGGGCUUUACGAAUUCUUCGAUGCUUCAAAACUUUUAUAAGCAAGCAUCUCCUGAAAUUAUUAUCCAUCAGGACAAAGACGAUGGGGCUAUUUUCUUUGAUUAUCUCUCAUGGUUUAUGGUCUUCUAUUCUAGUGGGCUAGCUCUGGUACUUCACAAAAUUCCAAUAGCUGUCUUCCUAAUACUGCCAUUCCUUUUGAACUUACGGAAUUUUAGCAUAACUUCAUGCUUGGCAACAUUUUCUGAUUUGACUAAAGGUUUUUUGUCUCAUGCCUUGGGGGUUUUUCUUGCAAUUGUUUCUCCAGUUAUGUUUUCCAUCCUAAGAUUGCUGUUCACCAACUAUUCCAUGAACUGGUUUUCACAUCCAUACUUGGCUUAUUUGAUGUUCGUCCCGUGCUCACUAGUUGGUCUAUUGAUUCCUAGAACUUUUUGGAGUUGCUUCCCUCUCUCCCAAGAUAUUUCGGUUUUUCAGGCCUCAAGAAAGGUGUUGUCUGAUGAAGCAAGGUUUUGGGGCGCAUUUGGAUUCUUUUCCAGUUUGACAAUGGCGUAUCUUUUAGCAGGGCUUAGUGGUGGCUUCUUGACCUUCUUUGCGUGCAUUUCUAUGCUUGCUGCCUGGUUGUCAUUUUCCUUGGCAGCUAAACAUUAUGGCCGCAGGUCUCUCAGGUCAAUAUUAUUUUUCGUGUUACCAAUGGUUCCAUACCUUGCGUACUCUGUUUAUUUUGGAGGCUUCCUUGCCCAAUUUUUAAUUGAGAAGACAGGCAUGAUGGGUUCUAUUCCUCCUCCAUAUGUUUGUGGACACUGGCUAGCAAUGUCAUCCAUCUUGCAAUUCUUGUUGCAGAUUAUUGUAAUUGGGUUGGCUGUUUCCUCGCAGUUCUUUCCAUAUAGUAUGGCUGCUCCAAAGAGGGUAGUUCUUCAGCAGACAUACCGUACUUCAGGUCCGAAUCAUCUUGAGAACUCCAGUUAUGAACUCUCUGUGGUGGAUUCUAAUUCUCUAAUUUUUCUUUUGAAACAUGCUCCCGAUGUGGCAAACGAAUUGCAGACAGAUUUAGAUCUGUCUUUUGAAACUGCAAAUUUGUCUCGCCAAGAGAACUGGCUGGCACUUUUUCCAGUUUCCUUCAUGUUCUCCAGAAGUUUGAAGUUUCCUGCCAAGGAAUCAACAUCAAAGAAAAAUAUACAUUUCCCUUAUUUGAUUUCCAGUAAGCCACAAACAAUUUCAGACCAUGGAUCUCGAAGGGUCUACUUGGAACUUUCUCUAGGUUCCUUGGAGGAGGUUUGGGUCACGGUUCUCAAUGUCACUGGGCCUUUAUCAAAUUGGUCAUUUGCAGACAAUAAGCUUCCAGCGCCCGAGAUACUUGCUGGUGGACCGCCCUCUUACAUAUGCAGACUUAGUGGAGCCAGCCAUGAAAACUGGAGAUUCUGGCUAGAGGCUGAAAGUGAGGAAAACUUGAGAAUCGACGUGGCUGUAUUGGAUCAACAGUUGACUAAUGAAGUAAAGAGGUUGAAAAGUCUUUUCCCAGACUGGGUUGAUGUCACUGCUUAUUCCAGCUUCAUGUCUACUUAUACCUUCUGAUUCGGUCCAGUUACUUGCCUCCACAAGAUUAUAGCUGAUCCGGUUCGGGUUCGGGUUCAGGUUCAGGUUCUACUUGUUGGGUUCUUGGGUUCUUUCUCCGUAGGAGCAGUUCUUCCACCCCUCCAUCCAACCAGGCCCAUAGGUUUUAAUGUAUAAGAUCUUGGCUAGUUUAUUUGUACGAUAGCUGUGAUCUUCUGUUCUCCCUAGUCUUAUACUAAACUCUCUCUUUUUUUU